AUGUUAACCCGCGCCUUUUUGUUCUCGAAAAAUCUCAGACAAUCAGGAAAAAUAUCGACUCCCUCCUCCUUUUCGAGUUAUUCCAAUCCAUUCUGUCCUAAAGCCGACCCAAUUUCCUUGUCAAAUGAUCCUAAUUUAAUCAGAAAAUACUGUUCCGGGAGAACUAGCGAGAAUGACCCCGACGUGUGGACAGAGGAAAUCGAUUAUCUUGACGAGUCCGGCGGCGUCAUCUACUCCGGAAAGGGAAUAAGGUCCGUCGAGCCCGGAUUAGACGACCACGUGAUGGCCGGUGGAGUGAGAAAGCCCAUCUCCAAUAUCGCUGCCGUGGCUAAAAUAGUCGAGAUUCUAAAGAGGUGGAGGUGGGGCCCGGACAUGGAGACCCAGCUGGACAAACUGCAGUUUGUUCCGAACAUGACUCACGUCACUCAGGCAUUAAAGAUAAUAGAUGACAGUGAGGCUUUGUUGAGUUUGUUCAGAUGGGCCAAGAGGCAGCCUUGGUACUCGCCUGACGACCAGUGUUACGUGUUGCUGUUUGACAAGUUGAAUUUGAGCAGGGAUUUUGAUGGGAUUCAGUCGGUUUUUGAGGAGAUGGUCUCGGAUUCCGGCAGCAAUGGGAUUUCAUCAUCCAGCGCUUGUAACAGGGUGCUUCAGUAUCUGGCCAAGGCCGAGAAAUUGGAGGUCACUUUCUGUUGUUUCAAGAAAGUUCAGGAGCUUGGCUCCAAACUCGAUACCAAGACCUAUAACUCACUAAUAACUCUGUUUCUAAGCAAAGGUUUGCCUUACAAGGCGUUUGAGAUUUACGGGAGCAUGGAGAAAGAUGAGUGUUCCUUGGAUGGGUCAACUUAUGACAUGAUGAUACCGAGUUUAGCCAAAUCCGGCCGCUUAGAUGCCGCCAUGAAGCUUUUUCAGGAGAUGAAAGUAAAGAACUACCAGCCGACUUCUGGGAUUUUUUUAUCACUUGUUGAUACUAUGGGGAGGGCUGGUAGAUUGGAUACGGCUAUGAAAGUGUACAUGGAAAUGCAGGGUUUCGGGCUGAGGCCCUCUGGCGGCAUGUUUGCUGCUUUAAUUGAUUCAUUUGUUAAGGCUGGGAAGCUGGAUACAGCAUUGAGGUUGUGGGAUGAGAUGAAGAAAGCCGGUUUCAGACCGAACUACGGGCUUUACACAACGAUCGUUGAGGCCCACGCUAAAUCUGGGAAGCUAGAGAUUGCGAUGUCAAUAUUUGCCGAUAUGGAGAAAGCUGGAUUUUUACCGACCCCGUCUACAUACUCCUCCCUCUUGGAAAUGCAUUCUGCCUCUGGACAGGUAGAUGCUGCUAUGAAACUAUACAACUCAAUGACGAAUGCGGGCUUGAGGCCCAGCCUGAGCACCUACACUGCCCUUUUGACCCUACUGGCGAAAAAGAAGCUUGUAGACGUGGCUGCAAAAAUUCUUCUCGAGAUGAAGAACAUGGGGUAUUCAGUUGAAGUGAAUGCCAGUGAUGUUCUAAUGGUUUAUGUAAAAGAUGGGUCAGUUGAUCUUGCUCUGAGGUGGCUCCGAUUCAUGGGCUCGUCGGGCAUCCGGACGAACAACUUCAUAAUCCGGCAGCUCUUCGAGUCGUGCAUGAAGAGCGGCCUAUACGAGUCAGCCAAGCCUCUUCUCGAGACGUAUGUCAGUGGGGCCGCUAGGGUUGACCUCAUACUCUACACGUCAAUUCUUGCUCAUCUGGUGAGAUGCCAGGACGAGACCAAUGAGAGGCGCUUGAUGUCCAUCCUAAGUGCCACAAGGCACAAGGCCCAUGCUUUUCUUUGCGGGCUGUUCACCGGGCCCGAACAGAGGAAGCAGCCCGUUUUGGCCUUCGUGAGGGAGUUCUUCCAGGGCAUUGACCACGAGCUGGAAGAAGGGGCUGCCAGGUACUUUGUGAACGUUCUCCUUAACUAUCUUGUUCUGAUGGGACAAAUAAACCGGGCUCGGUGUGUGUGGAAAGUUGCGUAUGAAAACAAGCUUUUCCCAAAGGCGAUCGUUUUUGACCAGCACAUUGCGUGGUCACUCGAUGUGAGGAACUUAGCUGUUGGGGCUGCUCUUGUGGCAGUGGUGCACACGCUUCAUAGAUUCAGAAAACGGAUGUUAUAUUACGGUGUCGUCCCUAGGCGGAUUAAAUUAGUUACUGGCCCGACCUUAAGGAUAGUGGUGGCCCAAAUGCUGAGCUCGAUGGAAUCGCCUUUCGAGGUCAGUAAAGUUGUUUUGAGGGCCCCUGGGGAUUCUGUGAUGGAAUGGUUCAAAAAACCGAUUGUUCAGCAAUUUCUUUUGAAUGAGAUUCCAUCGAGAUCGGAUAUUCUUAUGCACAAGCUCAACACGAUUUUCCCUAGUUCGGCACCCGAAAUCAGAUCUCUGUCCCCUCCUAAACCUCUUCUUGCUGGAAAGAGAAUGUAA